CACGCGCGCAAACAGGAUGCAUACAGGAAGUGGUUCAGGGAAUCCCCAGCAUGUGUGCAACGUACGGUAAAACAGGGUCAGAAUCUCAGUGAAGUAUGAACAUGAUGAACGAGUACUGAGUUGCUCUUCAAACUUACAUCAUUCGUGAUGAUCUAGUUAGAAGCUGACGCCGUGUGCUUUUCUUUUGAAGUUCAUCAGCACAUACUGACUGAGGUAGAUUCCAAGCCACUGGAAAAUUUGAAAAGACUUUGUGAGAAAUCGACGCCAGGCACUGAGUGAUCAUCGUCAUGCCCCUCCGUGCGCCGGUCCAAGGUUCGACACUCCUGCGGCGCUUGCCGUAUACCACCUUCGCCAAUUUGGCCCGGCUGCUAGACCCACCGAGCAGCACGUACCAUGACUGGAGAGGGCUCGCCAGUAGAAUCACUCGCAGACCGGGCGAUGACCAGCCCAGAUAUGGACCUCAGGAGAUUGCGGUUUUUGAUCUGGAGUAUAGACGCCCAGGUGGUAGUCCUACCAUGGUUCUCAUCAACGACUGGGGAACAGUCAACGCUACGGUGCAGGAUUUAGUGGGUCACCUGAUUGACAUGGGUCAUCUUGCAGCCGCUGAAGCCGUCCUGCCUGGCAUAACAACGGAUCCUAACCUCAAUGUGUCCUCAACGACGAUCAACCAAGAUACCUACGAGAGUAGCUCAACUGGCGGGGUGAACGAAGCCUCCAAUGCAAACCCGCACAGCAAGCGCAGUGACGCUAGCCUGGAUUCCAUCCAGGAAGCCAAGAAUCUGGCCCAGCGAGCUUCUCAAGCUUCGGAGAAUCCUGGAGACUCAGGAGUAGUUUCCUCAUCCUCUGAAAGCCCACAUGCAGGGGACCAGGGAGAAGUGCAUUGUGGGAGCAAAGCCGGUCAAGAAAGCAGUGAUUCCGCCGUGUCGACAUCUGCUCCCGUAGAGUCCAGCGACUUGCCAGAUUUUGAGCCAGAUAAAGUAAAAGAGUUCUAUUACAACCGCCUGAGUUUCAUGACUGACUCAUUCAACGAUGUACCGUUGAGGCAGGGCGGUAACAUGGUGGGUGAAGGUGGAUUCGGAACCGUCUACCUCGGUCGAUUCAGUGACGGCCAUGAGUGCGCUGUGAAAAAGCUCAAACAGAGUGUUUUCCAGUGUUCUGAUAUUGAUGUGCUCAAGCAGUACCAGAAUGAGCUGCAGAUGCUGAAGAGAUUGAAGCAUCCCAACCUUGUGGAGCUGUACGGCUUCAGCUUUGACGGUCCCACCCCGUGCCUCAUCUUCAAUUAUCUCCACAACGGUUCCCUCCUGGCUGCCCUGGACAAAGACAGCUCCCUGCACCUACCCUGGGAAUCCAGGGUCCUCAUAGCCCAGGGGACGGCCCAAGGUCUGUCCUACCUGCACAGUAAAGAUGUCGUGCACAGAGAUGUCAAAAGUGCCAACGUGCUCCUUGACGCAGACUUGACAGCGAAGGUGGCUGACUUUGGCCUGGUGCGGGCCAUACCGGAGGGCAGCAGUAAGACCCACAUAACCAGCAUGAUCAUUGGCACCAGCAUCUACAUGCCUCCAGAGGCGCGGAUCGGGGAAGUCUCUCCCAAAGGCGACAGCUUCAGCUUUGGCGUGGUCCUGCUGGAGCUGAUUACAGGACUGGAACCUCUUGACCAGAGCCGGGAAGGCACCGACAUCAUCUCCUACGUGGAGGUCAUCAUCGAUAAGUGUGGGGACAUCUUGAGCAUUGUGGACCCAAGGUUGACAAACGCGUACAGCGAAAUGUCGGCCAACAAGAUGUAUGACAUCGCAACUGACUGUUUGCUGAAGAAACUGAAGCGACCGCUCCUGGUCGAUGUUUUACCAAGAUUGAUGGAACUUUGAGAUGCAUGCACUGACGACUGAUUCUGGAUUUAAAAAA